UCCAGCAGCUCCGCUCUGUAUAUUUCAGCUGACCCUCCGUUUUAGGGAUUCAUUCAUCUCAGUCAGAGCUGACUGAGGUCUGUCCGGACGGGAUCUGUCCAUCCAUCCAUCCAUCUACCCGACUGUCUGUCCAGCUGUAACCUCUGCCGCUCUCCUUUCAUCCAGCGGUGCGCCGCGUCCGCAUCUGCAUCUGGGAAGGUCAGACAUCAUUUUUGAUCAGCGGACCUGACAACUUUUUUUUAAAUUUUUUUUUUUGAGAAAUUCCUCUCCUCCUGAUCAGCGUUUCAUCACGGGGAGAUUAUUACUGCGUUCAGCGGUUUGAUGCUGCUUCCUCCUGUGUCGACGAGAGGAUGGAUGGCUGACCUCGGAGCUCACUGACUGGUUCGCUGAUCUUCGCUGGCCGUAGCUGCAGUCAUGGCCAAAAGUCCGGAGGUGAAGCUGGCCGUCUUCGGCAGAGCGGGGGUGGGCAAGUCAGCCUUGGUGGUGAGAUUUCUGACCAGACGCUUCAUCUGGGAGUACGACCCGACACUCGAAUCAACAUAUCGUCAUCAAGCCAACAUUGACGAUGAAGUUGUCACCAUGGAGAUUCUGGACACAGCAGGGCAGGAGGACGUCCAGCAGAAGGAGGGUCACAUGCGUUGGGGUGACGGAUUCGUCAUUGUGUACGACAUCACAGACCGGGGAAGCUUUGAGGAGGUAGCGCCGCUCCGAAGUCUCCUAGAGGAUGUGAAGAAGCCGAAAAACGUCCCCCUGGUGCUUGUGGGCAACAAGUCCGAUCUGGACCACGUCCGGCAGGUGGGCACAGAGGAAGGCGAGCGGCUUGCAGCUGAAAUGGCAUGUGCCUUCUACGAAUGUUCAGCAUGUGCCAAUGAGGAUGGCGCCGUGGCCGAGGCUUUCCAUGAGCUGUGUCGCGAGGUGAGGCGCCGCAAGGCCGUGCAGGGCAAGGCCAGACGCCGCAGCUCCACCACACACGUCAAACAGGCCAUCAACAAGAUGCUGACCAAGAUCAGCAGCUAGGGAAGCGCCACACUACCCUCUGAUGACACAAGAAAUACGUUUUUCUCAUGUAAAUGUUUCAAGCAAUUUUUGGCUCAGAAAUGGACAAAAUGUGACUGAUUUAUGUGGAAUGUUCUUUACUUAUGCCCUGAUCAUAUUCCAUCAAAAAAGGUCCCAAGUGCAAUCGCUCUUCCCUCUGAUAGAGGUAAAUCAUAACAUCAAACUGAUUUGGAUCAAAAUAAUCCUGCAUACUGGUGAGAUAUGAGAUGAUUCUUGAUGAAUCAUUGAUAUGGAGAGGUCCUCAACCUUUUUUUCUUUCACCCUCGCAUACUUUUGUCUUUAAAUCAAUAAGUUAUCCAAAUGUCUGUAAAUGAUGCAUGCAAACUGUUAUUUAGCAUGCGAAGAAUCCAAGCAUUUAUUGACGUCGAACAAGAAGAUUCGUAGUUCCCUCUCUGUAUCUUGUCUGUAGGGGGAUAUUGUGAUGUGCUUUCGCCCACAUGUUUGUAACUGUUAGCGGUGAUCAAACAAAAAUACGAUGAGAGAACUAUUAGAUUAAAGUAGAUCCACUGUUCAUACCCCAUGUCAAACCUAGUAAAAAAUACCCGGAGUUGUCAAUGUCUGUCCUUCAACCAAACCUUUAAAAAAGUCUACAAUGUUCUGUUGACAUGAAAUGUUCUGCAGUGGUUCCCUGCGUUCCCCCCAUGGCUCAUGAGAGAGCAUUUCUGCUGUUUUCUCUAUACCUACGAAAGGAAGCAGUUGGCGUCCAUCCCAACAUGUCACAUUCAGAGAUGUUCUUCUUGACUGUAAUUUUAAUACUGUAAACAGUAUGUAUGAUAUGGUAUAUUGCCUUAAGCACUGCUGUGUCUUAGGUGUUCAUAGAACACAAAGGCAUCUACAGUAGAAGAUACUGUAAUUGUUAAAAUGAAAUGUUUUUUUUUCUUUAUGUAUGUGACCUCCAUGAUCAAAACAACCAGCUGUGCACUUCUAAUUAAAAUCUGAGAUAUAUCCCA